AUGUCGAAAAAGGUAAUUCUUCCGACGGUGGCGUCUCACCGGCGACAGCCACUGCUGCUGCAGCAGAGCGAGAGCUACCGGAAGGCGGGGACGCGGCUCAUGGGGGAGGCGGUGGGCGGCACCGCCGCCGUGUGCUGCUGCUUCUCGUUCGGCCUGGCCAACAUUAUAUACCUGGCGAUUUACAAGGUUCCGGCGAAGCUGUGCCAGGAGGCGCUGCGAAGGAAGCGCCGCCGCCGCCGCCUGCAGAUCAGCAUGGAGGAAGGGGCGGCGAUCCCGUCACGGCCGCGGUGCACGUGCGGCUGCUGUGAUGACAUCGUCGGCGCCGGGCGGGUUUACCCGCUGUGCAGCGACGACGGCAGUGACGUGGCGGUGCUGCGGAGCCGGAGCUCGGUGGAGAAGGACAAGGAGGUGGUGGAGUUGGAGGAGGAGAUGUGGGAGAGGUUUUAUGGCAGUGGAUUUUGGAGAAGCCCCUCUCAGAGAGAAAACUCUUCUUCGCAACAAAGGAUCGCUACCACUGUUUCUGCUCAUAAUCUUCAGGUUGUUGAUGUUAAUUAA